GAGCAAUCCUCACUAAACAUGCCAAGCUAUAAUCCUUGAAUCGGCCGCUGGUUAGGUCAUCGGCACCGUCAAGGACCUCUUGGUCACAGCUACUCCGCUUCCAGUGGGUGCAUAGCACUUGUUGAAAUGCCGGGGAUCAGUGUACGGAGACGACUAUCUCACUACAGAUAUAGUAGGCUCGGAUCAGAUACGCCGGUAUCUGACCUUGCUUUGUGGGAAGUUGUUCGCAUCUCAGGGUCGUGGCUGGUAGAUCAUAUCGUCGGCCUUGCGGUCGCUACGAAGAUGGUCGGGAAGCACAAGUUAAGGAGGCGUGAGCCGCUGCAGAUGCACACGCCUAUCGUUGCUAGGGAGCCCAAAGUAGCAGCGACACGAGGACGACCGAGAACAAGCUCUAUUGAGCACAUUGCACAUGUGGUUGUUGUCUGCGGGGUGUCUGGGGUCUCAACGGACUUUUCAGGCCUCGAUUCAUCAGCCUUGGAUCGCUUAGCUGCGUUGUUACGGGGUUUAACGCCCAGUGGCUUUCCGCCGGUAUCGAGCAGCAGCAGCCCAGUCCUGGGGCUGUUCCAAAGCAGCAUUCGCAAAUGCGUCUUGGCUUGUGGAGACGAAUGAGCACGCAGCCACACGUAGGGGGAAACGGUUCAUCGAUAGUGUUGGUUCAAAUACAGAGCGUACCUGCUGUUCGUUUUCGGGAUUUUUGGUGCCCGUAGUACCUUCUUUUAACUCUGAAUAAACGGAUACACUCUUCCCAGGUGCAAAUUUCGCCUUGUGAUCACCGUUGUCACUCCGUCUCGCGUUCUCACGCGCACGCUAUGCUGGCUUUCCCUGGGUAGUGAGCUUCUCGACAAGUCAGCAAGAUGAAACCAGUCGCUCGUAAGUCGGUCAGCAUCCGAUCAAGAAUAAAACGUCGACACAGCCU